AGAUUUUACUUAAUUUUUGUCUUUUCCAGCAUCCCUGGGAAAGGGGAGAAGUUGAUGACAUCAUGUGUUUCGGUCCGCUCAAGAGGCUAUGUCAUUGGGGGCCAUUUAUCGCCCUCUUUCUGAUUUUCUACAUUACCACCAUGUCAGUUUACUGCGAUCUUGUUUACUGGCCUCCGACCCUUGACAGCUACGGGAGCAUCGUGCAUUUCAUCAUCCUAUCAUCUUGGAUCUUCUUUAUCUUGUUCAAUUAUUUCAAUGCAGUAUUUCGUGGACCGGGGUUUGUUCCUUUGGGAUGGAAACCGGAAAAUUUAGAAGAUUGUAAAAAGCUUCAAUUCUGUGAAGCGUGUCAGGGUUAUAAGUCCCCACGCUCGCACCACUGUAGGCAUUGUAAAAGGUGUGUGAUAAAGAUGGACCAUCAUUGUCCUUGGAUAAACACCUGCUGUGGUCACUUUAACCAUUCUAGUUUCACAUAUUUCCUCAUAUUUGCUCCUCUCGGGUGCAUGCACGGUGCAACUGUCCUCAUUCUAACAGUCUACCAUCGAGUUUUUAAG